UUUAUAUUGUGAAUUAGAUCAAAGAUCAGCUUAAAUUUUAAAAUGUGUGAUUAUUAAACAAAAUUUAAUUAAACUGUUCAAUUUUAAAAGGACGCGACAUUUCCGGGUUCAAUGUUUUCUUUUCUGCAGCGGCGAUUAGUCGAUCCCGCCAUGUUUACAAAUUUUAUUUUUUUAUUUAUAAAAAUUUUUGCUCAGCGUAUGAUUGUUCCUCAACAGAUUUUUCCGGAAAAGACACCAUGUCAUACGAAGUCAUUGUUUUGAAGGAAGGCUACAGCAAAGCGGAGGGCCAAGGCCAGCAAAGAGCAUGUGGGAGUAUUAGCUUGAUCAAGGGCCCUAAGAAUAUUAUUGUGGAUACUGGUAAUCCUUGGGACAGAGACCACAUUCUGGAUGGUCUACAGAAGAAUGGACUCUCUCCCGAAAAAAUCAACUACUGUGUGUGUACCCAUGGCCAUUCUGAUCAUGUUGGGAAUCUGAGCAUCUUUUCCAAUGCUGUACACAUUCUCUCCUAUGAUGUGUGUGUGGGAGACCAGUACCAGAUGCAUGAUUUUAAAACAGGAAUUCCUUAUGAGAUAGAUGAUGAUGUUGAAGUAGUCCCCACCCCUGGACACACGGGGUCUGACAUUUCGGUCAUCGUCAGUAACACAGGUCUGGGUACCGUGGCAGUGACAGGUGAUUUAUUUGAAUGCCUGGAGGACUUGGAAGAACCCAGUUUAUGGCAGGACAAUAGUGAAAAUCCAGACCUUCAACAAGAGGGCAGGAUAGACGUGCUGGGAAGGGCAGAUUAUAUUGUUCCUGGACAUGGUAAAAUGUUUAAGGUUCCCGAUGAGUACAAGAGGUCGUCCAUGAGGGUUGUAAUGUACGAGGAGGAAAUCAGCCAGUCGGGCGAUCAAAUAUCAGCAGUCUGUGAAUAUACCGUGGUGGAGGAGGAUUCUUGAAAUUCAGUGAAAGGCCAUGUGUGAUCUAAAAAUAGAUCUUAUGCAACUAGGAAGUUUUCUUAAAAUUUUCUUAAUGUCUGGCCACAACCCUGUACUUCAUUUGAUAAUGCAUAUA